AUGUUCCGAAAAAUAAUUUUGAUUUUAUUCUUGCUCACUUUUUGGACAAGUUUAUUAAUAGUAGUAAACGCCCAAUCUUCUUCAACCUCAACAAAUCCACCAGGUCGAUAUGGUCAUUGUUCCUUCACUUGGAAAAAUAACUUUUAUGUAUUUGGAGGAUGGGAUAACUCCACGGAUUCGGACGGCAAAAAUCAAAGUCCAUUUUUCUAUUACACCACACUCCCAAUAACAAACACCGACAAAAUAACAUGGACAUAUCUAAGCACGGAAAAUGCGACUAGUGUCGGUUCGGCAGCGUGUGUUGUCACUCCAUCGGAUUAUUUAUUGGUACUUGGUGGCAUUCUUACGUUGAAAUCGAGUGAAAAUAAAAUAUCGACUCAAGUUUUUGAUUUGAAUAAAGGUGUAUGGAUUAAUUGGAGUAGUCGUAAUCUGCUUAACGCGUAUCCGGGUUAUGGGGUUACUCCGAAAGCGACUUUGAUUUCACCAAAUUUUGUGGUAGUCUACGCCGGGGAUUCUGGAGUAAAUGAAAACGGAAAAAAUUCACCUUCACAAUAUUUUUAUUUCUUAAACAUGACUUCGUCACCCUGGACUUGGUCACAAGUGACGAAAAAUGAAGAUUUGGUUGCACCAAUUAGUCGAAUAAUGGUAACGGUAAAAGGAAGUGCAUGGAUGAUAGGAGGAUACUUUAAUGCCACGGACUCCACUAAUAAUCUCUACUCUAAUCGAAUAUACAUUUCAAAUCGACGUUAUCAAUGGAUAUCUCCCGACAAUGCACUUCUAACUUACGGUGUACGAGAUGGUGCAGUAGGAAUUCGAAACAACAUGUUGUAUUUGAUUGCAUAUAGUGGAAAUGCGGACAAUCCGGUGACAUAUGGUGGGUGUCCUUUAUUGGAUACAGUCAUACAAUGUGCCACUCCAAUCAACACAAUUCAAAUAUUUAACAUGACCUCAAGGAAUUGGACCGCAGCACACAAUAUAGUCACAAAUGUUCCAAUAAAUAAUUUCACAUUACCACUAAUAAAUGGACUUGAUCUUAAUGCGGAAAACGAUGACACAGACGCAAAUACAGGCAGCAGCGAUCAAAACAGCACUAUUCCCUCCCAAACUAGCAGCAAUAAUUCAAACACGAAAGAAACCGAAAGUCAAAUUCCCGUCUGGUUAAUCGUGUUUAUUUCUUGUAUAGUUACCGGAUUGAUUUGUGUAGUGGUUAUUUUUUUUAUUGUGAGAUGUUGUAAGAGACGAUCGGAUGAAGCAAGAUUUGAAAUUACUAGAAAUCGACAAAUUGAAAUUGCUGUGUCUAAAGAUGAAGGAAAAACCACGCAAACCUAUUCUAAUGCUUUUAACAACAAUAACAACAAUGUUAAACCUAAGAUAGUAGUGAAUGGUGCUGGAUCACCGGCAAGACAAUGGUCAGCUUCGGAGAAGUCGAGCAGUUUAGUUGUGGAAGCGUUUGAUCGAUCUAGAUCAAUUACAAUUUCUGACGAUAAUAAUCAUAUUAACGAUGGUGACGAAAUUAAUUUUAAUGUGGACAUAAAUAAUGAUGAAAAUUUAACACCACAACAACGACAGUGGAUUCGCUCCGUAUUAUCGAUUCCUGAUUCAAGAACAUCAAAUUCACAUUCACGUGAGACACGGUCAAGACCAUCAACAUCAGAAAUUGGGAAUAUGCCAUCGAGUAUAAACGAACAAGAUGAUAAUACAGACAAUUUACCUUCUCAGACUCAAAGCUUCGAAAAUUGGAAUUCUAAUCGAACUUUAUCUGAGAUAGGGGGUCGACCACCAACUUUUGAUAUUCCUAAAAGGCCCCACGUGUUAUGGCAAGAGGUAGAAACAGGAACGUCAGUCAUAGACUCUUCAGGAAAAAAUCGAUGCCGUUCGGUUUGCUCCCGCCUCAAGUAUGUCAAGGCUGCUGCGAAAUUUGGCCUGAACAAAUCGCAGGUUGGUCGUUGGGUAAACCAGCUGGACGCGGUCGGGAACAAGAAGUCGUGUCGAUCCGGAUGUGGCAGAAAAGAAUUUUUUCCUGAGGAGGAAGCACGACUUUACGCCUGGGUAACUGAAAUGCGUCGUGCAGCGCUUGCCGUAACAUACAGCAGUCUCAAGCUUGAAAUGUCGAAAAUUGUUUCUGAAACCACUGCUAGUACCGAGGACCCUAUAAAAAACAAAUUGCAUGUAACUUCAAAGCAUCAUCAACAUGGUGGCCAGCAAAAAGAACCAGCUCUUCUUGUUUUUGACUCAUUUAAAGGACACCUUAUUGACACUGUCAAGAAGGAAAUUAAAAAACACAAUACCAACCUUGCUGUAUGUCAACCUCUUGAUGUUUCCAUUAAUCGUCCUUUCAAGGUUGCACUUUGUCGUCAUUGGCAUGCAUGGAUGGCAGGAAAUAAUGCUAAAAAAAAUCAAAUUAUUCGGCGUGCUUUUCUUAUGGAUGGAUCAGAGGAUGACGAAAUUUAUUGUGAUGAAAUUUAUACUUUUAAUGAAGAUGAAGACGAGAAUGAAGAUAGUGAAAGUGAAGAGGAUAUUGAUGAUAAU